GCGGACUUGUCAGUGUAUUCGUUUGGAUGUUUCUGACCAACAUGGUUUACAUGACAUUGUUUGCAUAUAGUUGGGUUUUUUGGCUAAAUACUUCCAGCUGGUCCUAUUCAGAAGAUUGGCUGAACACAGUAUUUGCGUUUACUUUGAUCAUUAACUUGUGCCUGUCCAUCUUCAAUCUCUACUCGAUGUGUCUCGUUUACAAGUUUGGCUGUUGUUUCAUGAAUGGUGUUGACAGAGAGUGUCCCCAGCAAAGCGUUAACAUGAUGGUUGUGAACCACUCACAACUUAACACAAUAGGAGGAGGUGUUCCUGCUAACGGUUCAGGACUCACAAUGCCAAUAGGUCCUCAACAAGGUCAAUUCAGAACUGGGACCUCGUUCCCGCAACAGCAACCGUAUAUCACCAACAUGCCGCUUUCUCUACAACCCGCUCAACAACAGCAGCCAGCCGGUGGAGCGACUGCAGAAUCAGCGAGCCUUUCUAUCCCUCAUAGUAUUACACCGGACACAAGUGGUCAAAACGAAGCUCCUCCCAGUUACCCUGAGGCAGUUUUUAACAGCAAACAUUCCAGUGCAUAGUUUGCACAGAUACGAACACCAUUUUAUUUUAAAUUUGUUAAUGAUCGUUAUCAAUAUCUAUGAAUAGUUAUUUAAUUAUGCUACGGAUGAUGCUUAAUUAUCUUUUGAACGUAGUUUUAUGCCCAAUUUUAACCUUAUCUGUCUGGGUUUCUUUUUAAAAUAUCGAUGUAGACUAUGUGUGUGCCUUCUUGAUUAAUGUGUGUGAUGACGCCUAGGCCUCAGAUUCUGUCUAAUGGUUGGUUUAAACUUUAUUCAUUUUGCAACGAUUGUGAAGAGAGUUACAUUUACUUAUACAAAGUCACUCUCGUUGGCACGAUGUGGCGCUAGAGUGUGGUUUUGUGUUGUGCAGGGAACCUGGGUAGAAACAAGUACUGAUGUUCAUUUUAAAGUACCGUCAUGUUUUAGUUAUGUGAACUUAUAUUUUUGAUUGUAUAUCCAAAUGGCUUCUCUUAUCCUUUUUUAUCUUUCAGAAUUAUUAGAAAUGCUAUUAAAAAUGCAAUAAAAACUGAAAGUACAA